CCUUCUUUUUCUUCCUUUUCAUCUCUCUCUCUCUCCCCCCACAAAUGGAAAAUUCCGAAGCUGGUGAUCUUCCGAUACGUUGUCUUCCCGUUCUCUUUCGUUACCCGGGUUCGAUUCUUCUGCUGAAUCUGCUUGUUGCUGCGGUUCGCUGCGAUAUUCCGACGACCCUUGAAGGCCCCUUUGAGCCCGUCACUGUUCCUUUCGAUCCUAGUCUGCGCGGCAUCGCCGUUGAUUUGCCUAACACCGAUCCUCGCGUUCGCCGCCUCGUUCAGGGUUUCGAGCCUGAGCAGAUUUCAGUGUCUCUCUCGGCCAGCCAUGAUUCAGUUUGGAUCUCAUGGAUUACAGGGAAAUUUCAAAUUGGUGACAAUAUCAAGCCAUUGGAUCCUAAAGCUGUCUCAAGUACUGUUUAUUACGGAACCUCAGAAUCCGAAUUAGUACAUGAGGCUAGUGGUCAUUCUCUCAUUUACAGUCAGCUUUAUCCUUUUGAAGGACUUCAGAACUAUACCUCAGGAAUCAUCCACCAUGUUCGACUUGCAGGGUUAGAACCAAGCACAAUAUACUAUUAUCAAUGUGGAGACUCCUCACUAAAAGCAAUGAGUGACAUCUACCAUUUCAAGACAAUGCCAGCUUCUAGUCCACAGAGCUAUCCAGACAGAAUUGCAGUAGUGGGAGAUCUUGGCCUUACGUAUAAUACAACUACAACCAUCAGUCACAUGAUCAAUAACAAACCUGAUCUUUUCCUAUUGAUUGGUGAUGUGACCUAUGCAAAUCUAUACCUAACAAAUGGAACUGGCUCUGACUGCUAUACCUGCUCAUUCCCAGAAAGUCCCAUACAUGAGACCUACCAGCCUCGAUGGGAUUAUUGGGGAAGGUUUAUGCAGAAUUUGGUUUCCAAAGUACCGAUGAUGGUGGUGGAAGGAAAUCAUGAAAUAGAAGAACAGGCAUUUAACAGGACAUUUGUGGCUUACAGUUCUAGGUUUGCCUUCCCCUCUGAAGAAAGCGGGUCUUCAUCCACGUUUUACUACUCCUUUAAUGCUGGGGGGAUCCAUUUUAUUAUGCUUGGGGCUUACAUUGGUUAUGAUAAAUCAGCUGAACAAUAUAAGUGGUUGCAAAGAGAUCUGGCUAGUCUUGAUAGGUCCAUAACUCCCUGGCUUAUAGCUUCUUGGCAUCCUCCAUGGUAUAGUUCUUAUGUGGCACAUUACCGAGAAGCAGAGUGCAUGAGGGUGGAGAUGGAAGAACUUCUAUACUCACACGGCGUGGAUAUAGUAUUUAAUGGGCAUGUGCAUGCUUAUGAGAGGUCAAAUAGGGUUUACAAUUACAGUUUAGACCCAUGCGGUCCUGUCUAUAUUACUGUUGGGGAUGGAGGUAACCGAGAGAAGAUGUCAAUCCAAUUUGCAGAUGAGCCUGGACAAUGUCCCGAUCCAUCAAGUACUCCUGAUCCUUACAUGGGAGGCUACUGUGUAACAAACUUUACAUCUGGUCCUGCAGAGGGUCAGUUUUGCUGGGAUUGGCAGCCGGAGUUCAGUGCAUUCAGAGAAAGUAGCUUCGGCCAUGGAAUUCUAGAGGUAAAAAAUGAGACAUGGGCUUUGUGGACAUGGUACCGAAACCAGGACGCAGGCAAUAGAGUGGGAGAUCAAAUUUAUAUUGUGAGGCAACCUGAUUUAUGUCCUGAUCAUUAUGAAAAGCUGAAGGUCACAGCUACCAUGUGAUCACACUUAAGAUUCUUGUUUGUUUUGCUAUAGAUUCACAGUGCGUGUGAAACAAUGGGACGAAGAAUUCCAAGUAUUGUACUAAGAUAUCAAUUUGGGAAUGAAAACUGCUUUUUCAAAGUA